AACUUUUUUCAGUGACGUAAUAAUAAAUCAUUUCUAUUACUUUUUUCCAUGAUGAAUGUCUCAAAUCUUAACCUAUUAAUUUUCAUUAUGUCUUUAGAUUUCAGUCAGUCUUCGAGCAUUGAAUAAACAAAAUGAGAAACAAUAACAAAUUUAAACACUUACAAUUAGACAGGAUUGUUUUCAACAAGUGGAUUUCAAUCACAUUUGUUAUCUAAACAGUGAUAAGCCUUUAUUGUUCAUAAAAAAUAUGUUAAUCGGUAUACUUGAUUAAUCAAAACUGUGUGCCUACUGUUUAUGAUUGAUGUAUUUGGCCUUAAACUCGAUUGAAUCUUAGUUUUCUGGUAGGUUGAUAUCACCACCUUAGUGGUUACAAACAAGAGUGCCAUGGAUUCUAGCAAAAAAUAUGUAAAUACCUCCCCGGAAACAUCGGCUAAUGUUUUCUCCAGAUUAUUUUUCUGUUGGUUUUUACCAUUUUUCAAAUAUGGUUAUCAAAAGGAUCUUGAAGUCAAAGAUAUUUACAAUGCCACCAAAGAGGAUUUAUCAGCACCAUUGGGAGAUGUUUUAGAGAGGAAUUGGAAAAUGGAGAUUCUGAAACAUAGUAAAACUGCGUCAAAUAAAAAACCAAGUUUGGAAAGAGUAAUACUAAAAACGUUCUAUAAACCUUAUUCCAUGUAUGGUAUUAGCCUAUUUUUACAGUGUGUUGUUCUGAGAAUGGUGCAACCCAUAGUAUUAGCAGAAUAUAUCUCCUUCUUUCAUGAACCCUGGGAAGAAGCGAAUCCAGGAAGGGGAUGGAUCUUAGGAAUAGGAGUAAUUUUCAUUGCGUUUGCUAAUGUACUUAUAAUGCACGCCACAAGUCUGGGGACUCAACGAGUUGGAAUGAGAGUUCGAGUAGCUUGUUGUUCUCUCAUUUACCGAAAACUUCUCAAAUUGAAUCACGGGUCUAUUGGACAAACAGCUGCAGGGCAGUUAGUCAAUCUUUUAUCCAAUGACGUGCAGCGGUUUGACAUGGCUUCAAAUUUUCUCCACUAUAUAUGGAUAAUGCCUAUUCAGGCAGUUGUCGCCUUUUAUGUGAUGUACAGAAGUGUAGGAAUAUCAGCUGUGGCAGGCAUGUUGGCCAUAGCCAUCCAAGCAAUUCCUUUGCAAGGUUAUUUGUCAAGAUUACAGGGCCAACUGAGGUUCAAAAUAGCACUGAGGACAGAUCAUAGAGUAAAACUCAUGAGCGAAAUUACUGCUGGAAUUCAGGUCAUCAAAAUGUACGCUUGGGAGAAACCUUUCGAAAAAAUUGUUGAGCUUGCUAGAAAGAUGGAAAUCAACGUUCUUUCUAUAACUUCUUACAUUAGGGGUGUAUCGAUGGCAAUGAUGGUUUUCACAGAACGUUUCACCCUCUUCUUGACCAUAAUAAUGUUUGUACUCUUGGGAAACAGACUAACUGGCGAUGUGGUAUUCUCUAUUGCUCAGUUAUUCAACACCCUACAACUCUACAUGUCUAUUCUCUUCCCUUUAGCUCUGUCGAGUUAUGCAGAAGCUCGAGUGUCCAUCAGGAGGAUUGAAAAGUUUCUGUUACUCGAGGAAAAUACUAGUCAAAAAAUACUUUUGCCGAAAGAAGAAGCAAUCAAAUCCGAAACAUUGGGGCAGGUGAAACUAUCUCAUGCGACCGCUAGUUGGAAGCCAAAUCCUAUUGUUGCCACUCUGAUGGACCUCAAUUUAGACAUAAAGCCGAAAACAUUGUGUUGCGUUGUAGGAAGCGUAGGCGCUGGAAAGUCCAGUCUCUUGCAAGUGCUUCUCAAAGAGUUACCACUGGUCAGCGGCCUUGUUGACGUAUCGGGGAGUAUCUCGUACGCAUCUCAAGAACCGUGGUUGUUUGUUUCGAGCAUAAGAAAUAACAUCUUGUUCGGAAAGCCUUACAUUAGGAAGAGAUACAGGGAGGUGGUAAAGGUGUGCGCAUUAGAAAAAGACUUUGAGCAAUUUCCCUUUGGCGAUAAAACCCUUGUAGGGGAGAGAGGGGUCUCUCUUAGUGGAGGACAGAGAGCGAGAAUCAACCUAGCCAGAGCAGUCUACGCUGAAGAGGACAUCUACUUAUUCGACGAUCCUUUAUCGGCCGUUGAUACCCACGUCGGAAAACAUUUGUUCGAGGAAUGUAUGAUGAAAUAUCUGAAGGACAAGACGAGAAUUCUUGUAACGCACCAGUUACAGUUCAUGAAACAGGCAGAUUUAAUUGUUGUCAUAAGCAAUGGUAAAAUUGAAAAGGUUGGGGUCUUCAGCGAUUUUUCUGAAAGCCAUCUCAGUCAGUUGGAACAAGGAACUCAACAUGACGAGGAACAAGAACGAGAGAAGACUCCUUCAAUAGAAAUGCGGGGUAGGCUGCAAUCAGUAACUUCAUUUGGUAGCUCUGUCCUGUGCGAAGAAGAGCCCCAAGAAACAGAUGAGUUGAUUGAGAAAGGCGCCGUCCCCACGUCCACCUAUGUGGAGUAUUGCAAAGCUGGGGCAAGUUGGCUCGUCUUAUUCUUCCUAGUGGUUCUUUUGAUCAUUGCUCAGAUGUCCUCGAAUGCUUCAGACUUAUGGUUGACAUACUGGACUAAUGUAGAAGAAAUGAAGUACAAUAUAACUACAAAAUCUCCUAUUGAAUCUCCAACCAGCACUGCAUUGCCUCUAAGUAUUGUCUCACCAUCACAAUCAGCAAAUGGAACGAAUGAAACAUUAAUCUUUGAUGAAACUGCCAACGAUGAUAACCAAUAUAGAUCGCGAGACGAAUAUAUUACAAUAUAUAGUGUUUUCAUAUUGGGUUCGAUAAUUUUGACUACUGCUAGAUCAAUCCUCUAUUUCAAAAUUUGCAUGACUGCAUCAAAAGUGCUCCACAACAAAAUUUUCAGCAACGUUCUCCAAGCCCCCAUGAGAUUCUUCGACACAAAUCCAUCAGGACGAAUACUGAACAGGUUCUCGAAAGACAUGGGUGCUGUGGACGAACUUCUACCUCGAGCAGCUUUAGACGCCAUUCAAAUAUUUCUGGUGAUGUCUGGUAUUCUUGUGAUGGUUUUCAUCAAGAUUCCUUGGAUGGUUGCUCCCGCAAUAAUUCUUGGCGUUUUAUUUUACUACUUCAGGGUUGUCUACCUAUCCACCGCACAAGAUUUAAAACGACUGGAAGGAGUCACAAGAGCGCCAGUUUUCUCUCACCUAUCGGCAUCCUUGAAUGGAUUGCCCACGAUAAGAUCUUGUAACGCUCAGAAAAUGGUUACCGAAGAGUUUGACGUCUUACAAGAUCAGCACACGAGUACUUUUGUUUCAUUUUUAGUCAGCAGCGAAUCUUUUGGGUUGUAUCUGGAUGUGAUCAGCACAAUAUUUUUAGCUAUGGUUACACUCCAAUACAUGACUUUUAGAAACGAGAACACGGCUGGUGCGAAUGUGGGUCUGGUAAUAUCUCAGAGUCUUAUCUUGACGGGUAUGCUUCAGUUUGGGGUGCGACAGACGGCUGAGGUGGCCAGCAACAUGAUCAGCGUUGAAAGGGUGCUCCAGUACACAAAACUGGACAAAGAGGGGCCAUUCGAAUCGUUGCCAACGAAAAAGCCUCCAAGAGACUGGCCGAAUCGUGGAGCAAUAACCUUCAAAAGCACCUACCUUAGGUACGCCCCAGAAUUACCAGUGGUGUUGAAGAAUUUGAAUACGGAGAUAAAGCCUUGUGAAAAGAUUGGCAUUGUUGGUCGAACUGGGGCUGGAAAAUCCACCCUGAUCUCUUCGCUAUUUCGGCUGGCUCCAAUUGAAGGCACCAUAGCCAUUGAUGGUUUGGAUACUGGCGAAAUUGGUUUGAACGAUUUGAGACUCAACAUUUCCAUAAUUCCUCAAGAACCCAUUCUGUUUUCGGCCUCUGUACGCUACAAUUUGGAUCCAUUUGAAAAACAAACUGAUGAAACACUCUGGAAGGCCCUGGAAAAUGUAGAACUGAAAGGAGUCGUCAGUGACCUGAACCAACAAGUUAGCGAAGGUGGUUCCAAUUUCAGUGCCGGACAAAGACAGCUCAUAUGCCUAGCCAGAGCAAUUGUUCGUAACAAUAAAAUAUUGGUAAUGGACGAAGCAACAGCUAAUGUUGAUCCUGGCACAGACGCUUUGAUUCAAAAAACGAUCCGCGAGCGCUUCAAAGACUGCACCGUCCUCACAAUCGCUCACAGACUGAACACCAUCAUGGAUUCGGACAGGGUGAUGGUGAUGGACGCGGGACAGGCGGUGGAAUUCGCUCACCCCCAUGACCUCCUGCGCAAUCCCGAGGGAUACUUCUCCAGGAUGGUCAAGGAAACGGGUAAUGCACUGGAGUCGAAGCUGAGGCAAAUAGCCAAAGAAGAUUAUGAGAGGAAAUUUGGAAGGAUCGUGGAAAAUGAUGCAACAAAACCAAAAGAAGAUUAGUCUGAUGACAAAUUGAUUUAUAUUCAACAUUUCUAACAGUAUUAUUUGUUACUAUCAAUUUAACAAAUUUUGAAAAUCUUUUUGAAUAGCUCAAACAUUUUGAAGAAUCAGAGAGGCUCCGGACAAUGGUUUUCAUCAUUCGAUGGACUUAUUUGGUACACUUUUCAAGUAUUUUCAUUGUUUAAUGAUAUAAAAAAAGACGACAAUAUAGAUAAGUUCAUGAAGAUAAUUCAAUUCAUUGUUUCAUGAACAUUCUUUGAAAUGUCUGUGAAUAUUCAUAUGAGAUUAUUUAGGAUGAGAAAAUGUACAGAUCCCAUAAAAAUGCCUCAUUGGAAAUGGUAUUUUUACCUAAAAUGGUCUCUUGCUCCAAGUGAAAUAUAUUUUCGUAAUUGAUUGGUUUCAGUUAACUCUUUAUAGACAGUCAUUAUACGUGGAAAAUGGCUUCUUUCUGCAGAUGUCUUGUAAAAUUUAUUAUUUCUUUUGGGUAGUCUGUUAAAGUUGAAAGUGUCGAAAGAGUUUUAAUCAAUAAUUUAAUUGUCAUAUUUACUUACAGAAUACAAAUAACUCUGGAUUUACCUUCAAAGAAUUCAUCAACAGUUUGAAUAUUCAAAAAUAUAAAAACUGCCUUUUUUGUUUCCAUUAGUUAUAUUUUUACAAUUUGCAAUUCAGGUACUCCGCCGUGUUUCUCAAUUAUUCAUUCCAAAGUGAAAAACAUGUGGUUCACUAGUUACAAAACAUUUAUUUAGUUAGGCAUUGGAUUUGAUCUUGACAUCACGUUAUUAUCUAAUCAAAUCCUUUUGACAUUUAUAUUUAUUUUCGUGUUUUGUUCAGAUUUAUUCAUUUCUGAUAGACAUUGGCAAAAAACCAAAUGAGAUUUUCAUUUAAAAAUGCUCCAACCAAUUUAGACUAAGAAAAACUUAUCAAAAUCAAUGUUUGAUACAGUAUAGUUUCAGCAUUCAAAAGACAACCCGCGUGACACAAACCCAAUUUAUUCGUCAAUUUUCAGGGAACAUACUUUGUUGAUUUUUCAAAUGUUUAACAAGUUACUUACAAGUACUAUUAGUUACUAUUUUGUAUGUUAUUCUUAAGACCAAAAAGAAAAACCGAAGAGUGUUUUACAAGUACUUAUGGGAAUAUCAAAUGAAAAUGAUGAAUAUUUAUGAAAUGUUCUUUUGCUGUGAAUUGAACAAAUAAUGAAUAGUGAUCAUGCAUUGAAUAUUGAUAUCAUGAUGUAUUUUAUUACUGCCGGAGUUGGCGCUUUUAGUACAAAUAAAUAUACUAAUUAAGUUAA